UGUUUGACAGAACGCAUUGCGCAAAUCAGCGGAGUCGUGUGUGCAUGAUACGCGGUUAAACAUGUUAAAAAGUUUUUCUGAAAUUUUAGUUUUAUGUUACAUUUGGUGCCCAAAUUGUUCUAUAAGAACUGAAAUAUUAAGUUUUUCUCCUUCUUGAUUAAGUGAGAAACAAAUUAGUAAAUUUUUGUAGUGAAUAAUUAUAUAGUUUUAGAAGGUUUUAGCAUUAUUUUAAGUCAACUCAGUUCUACGAGCUCCUUCACCAUGCCUAAAGGAAAGAAAAAAGGAAAAUCAGAUCACAGAAGAACCGAAGUGGUCUACUCAUCAGACGAAGAUGCAGGAAUUGAUAUGACAACUGACAAUCUGUCUGAGACAUCUGGACAGUCAGAUCUCAGGAGUAACCAUGAUGAAGCAGAGAGCGAGAUGCAGGAGAAGUUCGAGGAGAAAGUGAUGGAGGUGAUCGACGGUCUCGGCGCGAAGUCGGCGGCGGCGCGGGCGGGCGCGCUCACGUCGCUGCGCACCGCGCUCACGCGCCGCCAUCUCGGUUCCCUGCUGUGCUCCCACCGCGCCACGCUCGCCGACCACGUCGCGCGCGCGCUCAAACGCGGCAAGGACGUUGAACGCCGCGCUGCCGCCGCCAUAGCACCGCUACUGGCCCUGCAGAUCGGCGACGAGGGCACAGAGGAAUACAUAAGCGAGGUGCGGCCGGCGCUGUUCGCGCUCGCCACAGACAAGUCCGCCUCGCUCGACACGCGCGCUGAGUGUUGUUCGUCUCUGGCGGUGCUGUGUUAUCUCCUGGAGGAAGAUCUAUCCAUCAUCAUGGACGUGAUGAACAUGUAUGAGACCAUAUUCAGUGGCAGCUAUCUGAAGGGUGACGGUAGCGUGAAGGUGUGCGGCGACGCGGUGGAGUGCGGCGGGUGGCACGCGGCCGCGCUCGACGGCUGGGCGCUGCUGCUGCCGCUCGCGCCGGCUGUGCCCAGCGUGGCGCGUAUGGCGGGGUUACUACACGCGCCCAGUCUAGAGGUGCGCAUGUCAGCGGGCACGGCGCUGGCGGUGGCAGCGGAGGCGCUCGACAGCGACGGCGACGAGCCGCUCGACGCGGAGCUGCUCGCCGCGCUGCGAGCGCUCGCCAGCGACUCGCACAAGUACCGCGCUAAACGCGACCGCAAACUGCAGCGGGCGACAUUCCGCGACAUACUCAAAUAUUUUGAGGACGACGAAGUUCCCGAGCUGCGCGUGCGAGUGGGCGGGGAAUGCGUCGUAUGCGACACGUGGUCGUCGCGCUGCGCUUACGAGGCGCUCGCGGCGGCGCUCGGUGGUGCGUUGUACACGCUCGCGCCGCACUCGCCCACGCUGCGUGCAGCGCUCGAGCUGCCCCCCGCGCCCGCUUGCGCCGCGCCACAACGGAAACUCAACAAGCUGCAGCGGCACUUACAAAACACGGCGGCGUGCAAGGCGCGAACCGUCGCGCGGAACAAGAGUCGCGACAAGCGGUCAGCGGCGCUCUCCAUGUAAAGAUCGACUACUGACGUCACGCCUUAGGGCUCGGCCACACGACGAUAUAAAGGCUCGGCCACACGCACAGCACUCUAGCGCACUCUUUCCACGGCUGAUUGAACAGCGAUUGACUUAUAAACUAGCAGCCCAUAGGGGUAAAUGUAGACCCCCAUUUAUCGACCAUACACUUAGGCCUUAUCCGCAUAGUACCUCAUACUUACGAAUAGUCUGUUACAGCGUUUUGAGAGUAGAAUGAAUGGGCUGUGUGUGAUUAAAUGAUUGAGAUCAUAACGAAUAUACGUCGUCGUGGACAGUCGUACCCCGCAUGCACACUACCCGCACACGUCUGUAAAAACUUGUUUCGGUUUCUAUCAUUAUUUCCUGUGUAUAUAAUUUGUUAAUAUUUUAUUGAUAAAAUUUUGAUAAAUUUUUGUGAACAUUUGCGAGCUGAUUACGUAUGUAAUAAUUCAGUUUUAAAUAAAAUGUCCACUGCAAAAGGUUACUAACAAACAUGUUUUCCAUGUUAGUGAAUUGAAAACUUUUGUAAGUAGUUGUGAACGCUAGCAACAUAGACUUAGAUGUAGUACCAAAGAAUGAUCUAGAAUUCAGAUGAAGAUUUUAGGCCUAGCUCGUGUAACUCGCUGGAUAAUUACUUCAAAAUUACCGACUACACGCCAUCUAGUGCCGAUUGCAAAAACUAACAAAUUCAUGUUUAUCUUGAGCAAAAGCAAUAAGUCUUUGGACACAUCUCACUAUAUUUUACAGGCAAAAAUGGGACUGGAGUUGACAUAUUUAAUAUAUUAUAUUUUUUACAUUUAACAAAUCCACUUUUAUUGAAGAAAUAAUAUUACAUUUUUAUUCUUACUCUCAACUUGAUCAUGAAUGUUUGUCUGAUAUUUUUAAUGAUUGAGAUUCAAUUAUAGAUUUUCCUAGAUGAAAUCCCAAGCGGUUUUGUCCUCUCAAUAAGCGUUCUCAGACGCGAUAUAGGAUCUCAUUGACGCUCACAAACCUACUGCCUUUGUUAUAUUUUAAUGUUUAUAUUGACAUUUUUGCUUUUACUAAUAAAGUCCAAUUGCUAGUAUGUAGUAGGUAAAAUAUGAUAUAGGGUUUGGGAACUCCUCACAAUUUCCAAGUUCCGGGACUAAAGACGAGAGAUUUUGGUAAACGUUUUGAUUAAUAUGUUGUUACAAGGCCACCAGAAUUUGCGAAAAUUCAGCAAAAAUUGUAUAACAAUGGACAGACACUGCCCUUAAUAUUUGGAUAUAAACUUCCCAGCACCUGUUUUACGUUUUUUAAGCUUAAAAUUUCUCGAGACAUCAAGGGACCCAAACCCUAAAAUUUUGAUAAAUAUCAAGUUUGGAGUAAGGAAAUUAUUUUCUGGUUGAUAUAUUACGGUUUUUAUUUAAUGUGCAUUCGUUUAGUUACGUUUAGAUUAUGUUGUUUCUCUGUAAAUAUUAUUUUGAUUUGUUGGAUUGCGGCCCGGAUUUGUACUUUAACUAGGCUAGUGACAAAGUGUUGAAAUAAUAUUUAUUACGAGAA